UCAUUCUGCCACGCCCCCACGGCGAGGAGGGCGGCUUCCGAAAGCAGUUCGCCCGAGGGGCCACGGCGCAAUCUCUGGGGUCUCUGUGGAAGCAGCCUGCCGCAGCUUACUAGAGGAUUUAGUAUCCCCAGACCCAGUCCUGUCAUCUCCCCUGGGAACUGCCACCAUCCUGCGAGAAGGGAGGCAUUCACAAACAACCUGGAGUUCCAAACUCCUGAUUGGUCGGUCGGAGGCCUCCUCUCCGCCGUGCUCCCGCGGCCGGCGCCGUGGGCAUGCGGGCGCGGCCUGCGCGCGCGUGAGCGAGGAUGGGGACGCAGGGCAGCCCGGUCAAGAGCUACGACUACCUGCUCAAGUUCCUGCUGGUGGGCGACAGCGACGUUGGCAAGGGCGAGAUCCUGGAGAGCCUGCAGGACGGUGCUGCCGAGUCUCCGUACGCCUACAGCAACGGGAUCGACUACAAGACGACUACCAUCCUGUUGGACGGCCGGCGGGUCAAGCUGGAGCUCUGGGACACAUCGGGCCAGGGCAGGUUCUGCACCAUCUUCAGGUCCUACUCCAGGGGCGCACAGGGGAUCCUCCUGGUGUAUGACAUCACCAACCGCUGGUCCUUUGAUGGCAUUGACCGGUGGAUCAAGGAGAUUGAUGAGCAUGCACCUGGAGUUCCCCGGAUCCUGGUUGGGAACCGGCUACACCUGGCCUUCAAGCGGCAAGUCCCAACGGAGCAGGCACGUGCCUAUGCAGAGAAGAACUGCAUGACCUUCUUCGAGGUCAGCCCUCUGUGCAACUUCAAUGUCACCGAGUCCUUUACUGAGCUGUCCCGCAUCGUUCUCAUGCGGCACGGCAUGGAGAAGAUCUGGAGGCCUAACCGAGUGUUCAGCCUGCAAGACCUCUGCUGCCGUGCCAUCGUCUCCUGUACCCCCGUGCACCUCAUCGACAAGCUCCCUCUGCCUGUCACCAUCAAGAGCCACCUCAAGUCCUUCUCAAUGGCCAAUGGCAUGAAUGCUGUCAUGAUGCAUGGGCGUUCUUACUCACUGGCCAGUGGGGCAGGGGGUGGUGGCAGCAAGGGCAACAGCCUCAAGAGGUCCAAGUCUAUCCGCCCCCCACAUAGCCCACCCCAGAACUGCUCCAGGAGCAACUGCAAGAUCUCUUAGCAGGGCAGGCAAGCACCACCUGUCCAGACACGCUCGAGGAGUGAGGGCUCAGGCUUGGGGAAGCUCCUGGCCGGGUGCUGGGACGGCGCCGUGUGCAGGGUAGACUUUGGCCACAUGGCCCCUCCUGGGAGCGUGGGACACACCUAGCGGGCAGGUGUUCUCAGCCAAAUGAGCCCUGUAGGACAGCAGAGGCUGCGCUGCGGAGCGAGCCCGGGUCCCCACAUGCUCUGCCUGAUUCCACCUUGAGGGGACUGUCCUGAGGUCCCACAGGGCCUGGCUCGCUUUCUUAUUUAUAUAGGAGACAUUUCACCACUUUUGUACCUUUUUAAAGGGCCGACAGGGAAGCCUUAAUGCAGCCAUGGGGUGAGCCCAAGUGGGCUCGUGGAAAUAAGCUUUGGGACAUUAGGGAGGGAUUUGAGGCAAAGACGGGAAGGAAUCCACUGUUCCAUACACUUCACAUGGGGUGUGGGCUAUGCAGGGGCCUGUGGGGACACAUGAGCUUUGGGCAGCAAACUUGGACCUCACUACCCAUGCUGGACUUUCUGAGCAUGGUGACCAGUGUGCCCACCACACAGUGCUGGGCAGUGGUGUGGGGGUGGGCCUAACAGUCUGCACAGUGGGGCUGCAGCUUCCUGGGUUCCUGCCAGCCUUCCAGGGUGACGUCGCUGUGUGUCAUGGAGCCGUGGGCUCCCAAGAGGACUGCUGAUGUUUCUGGGAAAGGAGAAGUGGGGUAUGCCCCACAUCCUUCCUCACGUGGGGGCACCUUUGGUCAUGUUUACAUAUGUUGCUAUAUGAGACGGGCUCAACAUUUCUCCAUAUGAAGAUGCAGAGCUGUCUGUAGGUGAUAAAUACUUGAGGGACUGCCAGGUACUCUGCAGGUCUGGACUGAGUCACCACUCACUCGCUUCCUGAGUGUCUGGACCUGGCUCUCGCCAGCUUCUGUUCCCUGACGACCUUGGGUAUCACUCCAUAGCUGCUUCUUGCCUGGCAUCGCCCCUCUGUGAGGUCACGUCAUCAGAACCAUCCUGACCCAUUUCUUAGUGAUGCCACCUGGAGCAGCCACAGCGGUGGACCCAAGUCCCUCCUCCAGGACCCGGCAGCUAGCCUUGAGCUGGAGGCCUGGCCUCUUUCCACCCACCUGGCUGGUGACAUGGCCGUCGGUCACACUGGUGCUCAACUCUACCUCCUGCUGGGGCCUCCCUAGGCCUGAGACCCCCUCUCUCUGGGACUCCUUUGCAGUGGGUUUCCUCUGGGACAGUCCCCACGCCUGCUGUUCUAGGACACAAGUUGGGGCGGGGUUAGGGGCCGAGGCCUGUGUAAGCAGGGGCUCCUGGGGACCCCAGCUGAGGCCUGGCCACCAGCAGGAUCAGGCAGAGGAGGCCCCACCUGCCCUGUCCUACCAACCUGACCCAUUUCUUUGAACUUUGAACAAAAUCACGUGGACUUUAUUUGAGGGUGUGGACUGUCCUGCAUUCACCACAUAAACACUACCCUUCACUGCUGACACUCACACCAUUCCUGAGCUCCUUUUGGACUGUUUGUUUCUUUGUACAGUAAAUGUAAUUCAGCUCUGACCUCCAGGCUGUAUUUUAUGUGAAUUAAAGUCUGGUUUUAACUGG